AUGGAUACCACACAACUUGCCGAGAGUACUACGCGCAUCAAGAAUCUACACGAAGUUGAAAAGAAACUGGUGCUUCUUGUUGAAACGGCAGGUGAUGCACUGGCGAUUCUGAGCGAUGACAGCAAGAAUGACGAAGACACCUCCAAGGCGGUCCACGAACGUGUUCAGGAAUUCGAAGCGUUGGCAGCACGUUAUUUCUCGCUUGUGAAUGAUAUCCAACUUGCCCUAAGAGACAAUGUUCGCUUCCUCCGCAAGACCGGUAGCAUUGCCAUGAGUACAACAAAGAGUAUUCCUUUCCGUGCCACUGUUGCUGGACAACAAAAAGAACUUGAAGUAUGGACCGCAGCUGUUGAAACAAUCCAUCAACGUGUUGAAGAAAUCAAGAGAAUUGCGCAUGAACAACAACAGCAGCAGCAUUGA